AAAUCUAAUAUUUGUAUUAGCACAUAUCAAUAGAUAUUUCAAUUUAUUUUAAAUGCUGUAGCUAGCAACGUAGCUCAUCUGUAUAUUUAUAGCUAACCAUGAAAUGAACAAGAAUUUUUAAAUGUUUACGAAUUCGGUCUCAUAUUGGUCCUAUGAUUAUACUACCGGAAACGAAAAUGUAUAAACAUGCAGGGAAUUGUCAAACUUUGUAAUUGAAAGAAUCAAUCAUGCAGUGGCACUGGCAUGAUUUAAGGAAAAAAGUCAAAUAAACAUUUAAAUAUGGCUCAGGAAAAUUUACAAGAUUUAGCAAGAAGCUUGGAUAAUUUUCACAUAUCUGAGAAUACAGGGACAGGUUCACCCCAAAGUAAUGUCAAUCCAUUUGAUAAAUCAGGCCAACAUUAUAUCAACAUAGAUUCUGGGUCAGGAAGAGGAGGGAGACAGACACAGAGAAAUGAAAAUGGGCAACAGAUGUACUCCCAGAGGGUAGGGAGUUAUGACAGACAGAGACGAAGAGAGGGGAGUAGUGAAAGACAACGACAUAUUCAGGGAGAUCCCAGUAAUAUGAGAUAUCCCCAAGGAGAUCCCAACCAACAAAGAUAUCACCAAGAAGAUCCCAACCAACAAAGAUAUCACCAAGAAGAUCCCAACCAACAAAGAUAUCCUCAAGGAGAUCCCAACCAACAAAGAUAUCCUCAAGGAGAUCCCAACCUACAGAGAUAUCCUCAAGGAGAUCCCAACCUACAGAGAUAUCCUCAAGAGGAUCCAAACCAACAAAGAUAUCAUCAAGGAGAUCCAAACCAACAAAGAUAUCCCCAAGGAGAUCCCAACCAACAAAGAUAUCCUCAAGGAGAUCCCAACCUACAGAGAUAUCCUCAAGAGGAUCCAAACCAACAAAGAUAUCAUCAAGGAGAUCCAAACCAACAAAGAUAUCCCCAAGGAGAUCCCAACCAACAAAGAUAUCCUCAAGGAGAUCCCAACCUACAGAGAUAUCCCAAGGGGGACUCUUUCCAACUCAGAAAUCCUCAAGGGGAUCCAAACCAAGAAAGAUAUCCCCAAGGAGAUCCUAGCCAACAAAGAUAUCCCAAAGGAGAUCCCAACCAACAAAGAUAUCCUCAGGGAGAUUCAAGCCAACAAAGAUAUUCCCAAGGAGACCCUAACCAAGGAGAUCCCAAUCAACACAGAUAUCCUCAGAGAGACCCAAACCAACAAAGAUACCCUCAGGGAGACCCAGGCCAACACAGAUAUCCUCAAGGAGAUCUUAACCAGCAAAGAUAUCCCCAAAGAGAUGGUAGCAUUGAUAGACACAGAGAAAGGAAUGACAGCGGUGAACAGCAAUACCCACAUCCAAGGGGGAAAAGCCAGGAGAGACAGAGAUAUUCUCCAAGAGGGGUGACUACAGAUCAAGAGAGAUAUUCACAGGGAGUAGGGUUUAGUGAACAACAAAGAUAUGGACAACAGGACGGCAAUUCCCAGGGACAAGAUAGUGGAGACCAAUCAAGGAACACACGUAGAGAGGGCAGUCGCGAGAGACAAGGACAUCCAGUAAGGGCCAGUAGUGGAGAAAGACAGCGACAUCCACAAAGAGAGGGCAGCAGUGAUCGUCUGCCUCAAGAAAAUUCUGAUCUUGCCAAAUAUCAAGAUACUCAGUUAGAAGGAAUUAAUUCAGAAGAACGUGCUUCAAGACAACGAACUCCAAGGAGAAGGUACAUAACAAGAGACUCAGAACAGGACCCUGAGGGUCAGACUCCCUCUGUUACUCAGCCUCAAAGACAAGAAGGACCCAUGAGGGGUGAUAUUAAUGUUUUACCCUCAAGACCCCAGGUUCUGACUGACAGGUCCAGUAGAAAUGGAGGACCACCUUCCUCUUUUCAGCAACCCAGCAGUACCACUGCUUCCAGAUACAACCAAGGAAACCUGAAUGAAAGCAGUUCUGGGAAUGAGGCAUCAGGGUCUGAAGACGGACGACAGAGACGGCCACAAAGUCUGGACAGGGGUCGCCGAAGGGAGGCCAUGCCCCCGCCUCCUGCAGUGUUAGCUAACCUCAGAAAAGACAGACCCUCUCUGACCCCUGAAAAUGUUAGUCCUUCAGGUCAGAAUGUACAGUACUCUAGCUGCGAUAACAAGGAGCGAUGCAUGCCGGCUGCAAACCAAGCAGAAAUAAUUAUUCAACAACAAAAAGAGAAUGCUUAUGGGAAGGACAGCGCUUUGAUGGCCAAGCUGCAGUCCACUUACAAAUUGUUGAGAUCUAGGUCAUUCAACAGAGACAGGGAGAGCAGGCCUCAGAUUGAAGUCAGGCGGAGGGACAGGUCACUGAAUUCACGGGAGGAUCAGCAGGGGAGCAGGCAACAGGAAGACAGUGGUGUUGAUCCAGUGAAGGACCCCACACUGAUCUAUUCAUCAGAGGAAAAAGUUGAAAGAUCAGUUGGGGGUCGGCAAAGAGUCAGAGGCAGAAGCCCUCAACAAUUCCAACAGAGCAAUUCCUUUGAUGGCCAUACCAGUAAUGGGGGUCAGUUCCAGAGUGGUCAAACUCCUGGUCAUGAAACCCAACAAAAUCAACAGCAGCCUCAAAUUAUGUGUGACAAUCGGCAAAAUAAAAGUGAAAGAAGCCAACAGGGUCCUCCAGCCAACCAAAGUAAUGGCAACCAAUCACAGUUAAGUAAUGAAUUCCAGUCUAAUCAACAACCUUCUAGUCCAACCACCAGAGAAAAUCCAGCUUUCCGAGGAAGUCCAUCCUUGAAGCGAAUGACUGGAGUAACAGAUCUGGACAAAGCCAUGAAAGACCGAGACCAAGAGUUCCUCAGCAAACGUUUUGGAGAAACGGGUAUGAAAAACUCCCCUCACUCCGCAUCUGUAAACAGCAACCAUUCUUGUAGCGAUGACCAGGAAACAGACAUUGAUGACAUGAGUAAAGAUAAAGUUCACGCCAAAUUUCGAAACAGAAAUACCUCUGGGGAGAAUUCACCCCUCAGUAAGUCUUCUCCCUCGAGCCCAAUGUUUCUUCCGCCAGCAUCUUCUCCUCUGGCUUUCUGCGAUGAAAAAAGGCAACUCAGUGAUCCUAGAGGGAAAGAAAUACUUCGGAGACGGCCAAAUAAUUUGGAGGAUGCUGUCAGUUGGCCUCUGUCUAUUCCUGGAACUGUGGACUUCACCAAAUUCGAAGUAUUUGAAGGUCAGAUGUUGCUGAACUGGUUGCAGUCCACCAUUGAUGACAAACACUACCUUCGCCUGGUGAUGACGCGACACGACAUGAGUGUCGUACUGACACAAUUCUGUACAUGUCUCAUAGCAGCAGGAAUCAUGAAGGAAAAGGAAGGAAGGAAUGAACAAAUGUUCAAGCCGGACUGUAUGUAUUUCUGGACCCACACAGAGAACGCCCCGAUCAGACAGGAUGUAGACAUAGGAAAACUGGGCCCCAUGUGGCCUCCCAUGCCAUCAAAGGAUGAGUUCGGCCACAAAUACACUGAAGCAGAACAAUACUACAGGAGCUACAUGACAAAGUUUAUGAAGGAACAACAGGCAGCGUUUGCCAAUGUGAAGAAGGAGUACCAGCAGGAGGUGGAGAAACUGAAGUCAGAGAACCAGUCUCUGCUGGACCGGUGCAGGGAAGAGUACCAGACUCGACUCACAGAGAGCACUGAGAGAAUCGUCCGACUCGAGAGAGAGCUGCAGGAGCUGAGGGACCAGAAUGAGGCUCUGGUAGAGGCCCAGAAACAGCUGGAGCAAGACUUCAUGACCCCUGCCAAUGGGGGCGAAAUGUUUGCUGUCACUGGGACCCCUGCCUCCCAGAGAUUCCACACACCAGUGACCCCAGAGUGUAUCACAGGAGAGUAUCCUCAAAUACAAAGGGAUGAUGAAGAUGGAGACCUGCCAAUGCCACUACCACCUGAUGAGCUCCGUCCCAAUGCCCCACCCCCUCCACCACCCCCGCCUCCUCCCCCGGGGAUGGGGGCUCCUCCUCCUCCUCCACCCCCUCCUCCUGCACCAGGUGGCCCCCCACCUCCUCCUGCUCCACCAAUCCCAGGGGGACCAGGAGUAAACAAGAAAGGACCACUGAAGCCCAUUAUACAGACCAAGUCUCCCAUGAAGCCUCUCUUCUGGCAGAGGAUUCAAGUUCAUCAGAUCAAAUCCAAAAGCAAGGACAUGCGUUUGGUGUGGGAGGAAAUAGACGAGGCGACCAUUGAUAUGGAUGAGGUAGACAAGCUGUUCUGUAAACCCCCCUCCGAGGCAUCGCAGAAAGCCAGCAAGACAAGGGCCAAGUCUCCCGCCAAACAGGUUGCCAAAGUAUUGUCACCUAAACGAUCCCAGCUGGUGGGAAUUCUGCUGUCUAGUCUGCGAGUGGAUGUCAGUGAUAUAGAACAUGCCAUUUUGUCGUGUGAUUCGUCUUGUAUUGAUAUGGAGAGGUUGAAGGCAAUCUAUGAUAAUAGAGCUGAUGAUGAAGAAAUGAAAAAAUUAAAGAAACAUGUUGACAAAAACCCGGAUGUAAUGUUGGAUAAACCUGAUCAAUUUUUGUUUGAGCUCAACCAAGUUCCAGACUUUGCAGAAAGAAUCUUCUGCUUGUUAUUCCAAGAAAGCUUCCAGGAAAGCAUAUCUGUGAUAGACAAUAAGCUAAAUAAUCUCAAAAUGACAUCCGAGAUGCUGAAUAAUGGGAAAAGUGUCCGAGAUAUACUGGGUAUAGUGCUAGCCAUAGGAAACUAUAUGAAUGGAGGAAACCGGUCUCGUGGACAGGCUGACGGUUUUGGUAUAGAAAUCCUGGCCAAGCUGAGGGAUGUCAAAACUAAGGACAACAGGAUGACGCUGCUGCAGUUUAUAGUGAGUACUUACGUCUCUAAGUUUGAGCGAGACCUGGCAGGGACUGAGCGAGCCAAGCUCCCUGUCCCCGAGUACAGCGACAUCACACAGGCCAUGCUGGUGCAGUUUGAUGACAUUGAAAAGGAACUCAAGAAAAUCCAAAAAGAUUUUGAAGCUGCUGAGAAGCGUGCGGAUAAAGUGGUCAAGAAUUCCAGUCCCCAGUUUGUGGAACCUUUUAAAGAGAUUAUGCUGACCUUCUUCAACAAAGGACAUGAAGAGUUCAAAGAACAGGAGGAGAAUUUAAAAGAGGCAAAGAGUGUAUUUGCCUCCUUGUACAAGUAUUACACAGUAAAACCAAAGUCAGGGGAGAAAGAGGUGAGCCCGGAGUACUUCUUCUCUCUCUGGUCCUCCUUCUGUCACGACUUUAAGGACCUGUGGAAGAAGGAGCAGCAGUACGUGGCCAAGCUUAGAAUUCAACAGGAGGAGUUACGUCUGAAACAAAUCAGGGAAAAGAAACUACAGCAACCAAACACCAGGGUCAGACAGAGAGGGGGACUGAAGGACAAAUUGGCCAGUAAAGGAAUGCUGAGACAAUGAAGACCAUGAACUCUUCCAAAUUCCAAAGUUUUAUACACAGUAAAUAAAUACACAGCUAACUUUUACCCGGUAACAUGAACCUGUUGAAUCUACAGCAAAGCCAUGCAAUAUUUACAUAGGUUGUGUAUAACUCAGCGGUAGUAGUGUUGUUAUAUUGUACUGCCCUGUAAACAAUGUUGUGAGAUCUCUGAGGUUGUGGCACAGAACAGCAUUUUUUUUACCUAUGCAUUUUUAUAAUAUAUUGUAUUGUUUUGGUUGGGGUUUUUUUCUUCCCUGAUACUGUGAUCUUGUGGUUCCUUGAUUUGCAUUUACACAUUUUAUUUUAAACGGUAUUUUGUAUAUCUUUUUCACUCCAAUAUAUUUUUUUUAUAUGGAUUGUUGAAAUGCUUAGUGCUGCGAGUUGCCCAUUUUUAUUCCCCACUUUUUUUCCACUUCCUUUUUGUUUUGUGGGGAAAUUGCAUAAUCAUUCCAUUAUCUUUGUUCCAUGAUUGCCUGACGACAUUCCAAAUGUUGAUGGUGGUAUAUUGAGUUAUAAGGUAUUUGUGAUACUUGUACAUGUAAUAAUUUAUUGGUAUGAAUGCAAUGUUAUAUGUAUCUUUAUUUUUGUCUUUUCUCUGGUUUAGAGGGCUAGUCACUAUAAUAUGUCAUCAUUAACCAAUUUAAUUUACACCCAUCAUUUUACACAAAUGUAUGCUGGUAGCUAGUUCAAGUGCAUUUUCUAAGUUUUCUAGACUACUAGACUGCAAAAUCCAGUAAGGUGAUGGAUAGACUUGUAUUUCAUUUUGCAACUUCAGUGGAUCAACCUACACCAGUACAUAGACAUGCAAUAUCUAUAAAAGAAGUUUUGGUUUAUUUAUCUUAGAGUAUACUACAAUUUCACAUUUGAUUUAAGUAGCUGUUAUUUUGCAUCACAAAAAGUUUGUUGGUUAUUUUGACUCUUUUUUAAACUCAGGUGACCUAUUGCUAUUCGUCGUCGUCCGUCGUUGUGCGACGUGCGUCGUCCAUCGUACGUUAACAGUUUUACAUUUUUAACUUCUUCUUAAAAACUACAAGGCUAAUUGUUACAAUUUUUGGUGUGAGGCAUCUCUAUGGUAAGAGGAAUCUAAAUUGUGAAAUUCAUGGCUCUACCACCCCCGGGGCACCACAAGUGGGGCCCAAAUAUACAAAAAAAAAGCCAAAUUUUCAAAAAUCUUCUUCUCUACUCCCACACAUGUGAGGAAAAAACUGGUUGCAUGGUUAUGAUGUCCAUGAAGCCCUCUACCAAAAUGGUGAAAUUCAUGGCCCCUGGGUCAGGGGUUCUGGAUCUAGGGUGGGGCCAAUAUGGCCAUAUAGUAAAAAUGUAUUAAAUCUUUGAAAAUCUUCUUCUCUACUCCCAUAUAUAUAUUUGUUAAAAACUAAAUGCAUGAGUAUGAUGUCCAUGAAGCCCUCUACCAAAAUUGUGAAAUGCAUGACCUCUGUGUCAGGGGUUCAGGCUCUAGGGUGGGGUCAAUAUGGCCAUAUAGUUAAAAUGUAUUAAAUCUUUAAAAAUCUUCUUCUUUACUCCCAAACAUGUGGGCAAAAAACUGAAUACAUGGUUAUGAUGUCCACUAACUCCUCUACCUAAAUUGUGAAACUCAUGGCCCCUGGGUCGGGGGUUCAGGACAUGGGGGGGGGGGCAAUAUAGUGUUAAUGCAUAUAAUGUUUUAAAAUCUUCUUCUCUAUUCUCACGCAUCUGUAUGAAAAACUGACUUCAUAAUUAUGUAUACGAGGAAGUCCUCUACUAAAAUUUUAAAUUUCAUGUCCCCUGGAGUAUGGCUUUUGACUCUAGGGUAGGGCCAAAAUGGAUGUAUUGGUGUUAAUGCAUAUUAUGUUUAAUAAUUAUCUUCUUUACUCCCACACACCUGAAAGGAAAACUGAAUUCAUGAUUUUGUAGACCAGAUCUUUAAGUUUUCACCAAAAUUGUAGGUUUCAUAGUUCUUUUUUAAAGAUUUCAGGCAGGGAGGUGGUUGUCAUUACAAAUUUAUAAUUUUUCUACUCCAGAAUGAAACCCAAUUAGAUGCAUAUAUGAGACUCCAUGACAAGUUUGUGUAUGGGUUAUAUGCUACUCAGGUGACCGUUAAGGCCAAUUGGGCUCUUGUUUUGAUUAAUAGAAUGUGAUAUUAACAGAUCUGCACAAACUCAGUAACCUUGUGUUUUAGAUAAUUCCUAAUCUAUAUUCACUAUUAGCCAAAAAAAAGAAAAACCAAACAUCUGUUUCAUCUACAAUGCGUUUUUUAUUAUCAGAUUUUGAGUUUCUAUCUGCAUGCAAGUGUUUAAAUCAUAAGGAAACGGUGAUAUAGAUUACUAAUAUACAUGCUGUGGAAGGGGGAUUUCUACUUAAUAGUAAGUAGCUUAUAAUUUUAAACCUUGACAUUUUUAAAGUAUGACUUAUUUUAUGAAAUCCUGAUAAUCAGUUUUUGUAUAGAAAUUGGGAGGAAAUAAUUUCAAUUUUUUUUUUUUUAUUUGUCCUAUAACAAUUGAUCUGGAUUUAUUCUAAUGCUGAUAUUAAUGAAUUGCAAUGAGGUAUUGUACUGAUAAAGAAAUGAAUUGAUACUCAUAUCAGGGUAUGUGCAUGUCUCCUGCAUUCUGGCAUAACAUUUACAGUCAGUGCCAUACAAUACUUAUAUAUUCAACAGAAAUUAUAUGAGUGGAACUUGUCUUACCUGAAGGUACUGUGCAAAUAACCUAUUAUUCCUAUGACUAUACAGUAAAGCAUGCUUAUAAUGAAGUGACAGGGAUGGGCAAUUUUGUUUCAUUAAAAAUGUAAUUCCUUAUAUCUGUCAGCUUCACAGUAUGUUUCAAAUCCAUGGGGAAUAAAAAUCACUUCACUAGUAUAAGAGUCAAUUCAUUAUAAGCAUGUUUGCUAAAACAUGUUACUGUAUUUUACCAACAAAUAAUUAAACUGUCCAAUCACCUAAAAAUUCUACAGUACUGAAUUUCCUGGUAAUACUGGCACAGAGAAUUUUCUAUUCUGAUACAUGUACAUGUUUAUAAAGGAGUUGCAUUCUGCCUCAGUGUGAGAGGUCUUGCCAUGCAUUUGUAGCUUGUGUCUGGUAUCUUUUUAUACCCUGGUAUUUUACAAUAUCAAAGAACUGUUUUACAAUGGUUUAUUGUAUAUUUAUUUGAAAAAAAAUUUGCAAUUUAAUACUAAAGAACUGUAUAGAAUUUUUUUUAAAGUUUUGCAAUCAAAGCAAUGAAAUCUCUCCCACCUUAUAAGACUUCUCUCUCAAUUUGUUUAUGAAUCAGAGAGGAAAUAAUAUUUGGAUCAAAGGUUUGUAAAUUGUUCAAAAAGAAAAUUGUUGCUACUACUGUCUGCGACAUAGUUUAUUGCUUGUAAAUUAAGAGAAUUAAAUUAUUCUAUUUUUGGUAUUCAGAUAAAGCAUACUUCUGUGUUCUUCAUUAUGUAGCAAUAAUGUCUUCAUUAUGUAGCAAAUUUAAAAGAUAUGUUUCUUAAACACUUUUACCAGUCUCAAUGAGAUGAAAUUGCCUCUUCUAUCAUAAUUAUAUAUAUUUAUACAAAUAAAUCAUUAAAAGAU